CAGAGACGGAUAAGAGAGGCGAGGAAGGUAAGAGUAUCCGACGAGCCAGAAAGGGGCGUCCAUAUACGCCUUAGAACAAACUUGGGAACCAGGUCGAGGAAAUUCAGAAAUGGAGCUCAAUUCCAGGUAAGACGCAACAUUACGUUUCCAGGUUUUAUUAGAACUGUAAGUUAAUUUAAGGCUCGCUCCGUGAUAAUACGAGGAUAUCAUUAAUUUAUGUUCUGUUCGGUUUCUGCUGUUCGUAAGAUGGAUUUGAGAAAAGGUUUAUGUUUGCUUUUCAUGAUAUAGAUUUGAACGGUUUUGUUUGUUUAAAACGCGAUGGAGUGACGGCAAUAUUGUUUGUUCGAAAACAUGUUUAAAGCUACUUCUCGAUGGCAUUACGGUAAGCACAAGCGCAAGCACGAACAAGCACGAGUGCUCUUAUUUCACCGUGAAAACGGCUCUACGCAUUCCCAUUUAUGCUACCGUGUGCGUUUGUGUUCACUGACACAAGAGUCCUGUGGUUAACUGCGCUCUUAUGCUUGCGCUUGUACUUGCAUCGCCAGUGAAUCCAGGGCCUAAGACUCCAGUUUGCAAAAGAUUAGAAAACGGUUUCAUUACGUCUUCUUAAACAUUAUGACCAACUAAAAUCCCAGAAAUAAAGUCCUCAGCUCCACAGAAUAACACCACCAACAUUCAUUUAGUCUUCACAGUCUUUCGCCGCGUGUUUAAUGUUUCCACAAAUUAUGGAUUUCUUAUAAUUUUAUGACAGGAGGUAUAUGACUGGGCUGGUGCUAUGCAAGAUAUGCCCUUAUAUUUUACGUUACACCGGGGUCAAACGUUACUGACCCACGACGAGAGGGUUGGCCCUUUGGACGAGUCUCUGGACCUCACGGAAAGAGUAAGUGGAGGCCGAAUUUUGUGUAGCCUCAUC